AGCCAUCUGCAUGGUUGUCCGGUGUGUUACAAAGCGACUAACAUAACCUAUAUUUACUUCUGUAUUAUUGCUUCGAAAAGUUUACAACGUUUUCUUAAUAACUGUUUAUAAGAUGGUUGUGUGCAAUGUUGAAUGUGUAGACAAAAUUAUAAAAUAUCUAGAUGUUUCUCCAGAUAAAUUACGUUUCUGUGAAAAUAAUGUAAAAAUCAUGAUAACAAAUAUUAAUAAUUUACAAGCAGACGAAUCCGUUACGUAUUUUAGUACUUUAAUACAAACUUUGGUAAAGAAUUCGAUAUAUCCUGAUAUACUUGGCAAUGAUAAAGAGACACAAGCUUUAACACGUCAAUGGUUAGAAUAUAUAAUAAUUUGUAUUAAUUAUGCAGAUACUUCUGCUCAUGCAAAAAGAGUUUUAAAGGAAUUAAAUGUAGCAUUGAGUGAUCAUACUUAUUUAAGUGGUACAAAGCGAACUAUUGCAGAUAUUGCACUUUAUUAUACCUUAUAUAAAAUAAUGAGUGAAUUAAGUCACCAAGAAAAGGCACAAUAUGUUCAUGUAUCCAGAUGGUUUGAUAAUGUACAGCAAGACAAAAAAUUGAGGCAGACAUUGGAUUUAAUCUCAUUUAAUUUGAUGCAUCUAUUCUUAUAAAGUAAAUAAAUAAAUUUUGUUUGAUUAUCUUGUAUACUGUUUUAAUCAGUCGAUAUUUAUAACAAAAUAAAUAGUACAAGGAGAAA